UUGGGCGUUUUCGCCUCCAGUUGGCGCGUUACCGUUGAAAAGACCCCUGCUAUCCCGUGGCCACGCUGACACUCACUAUGAACAAGCUGAAGUGGUUCGCAGUGCUCUUAGGCAUCAUGCUUCUAGUGGAGAUGUUUGAUGAAUCGGAAGGUAUUUUCUGGCAUGCCCGCCGCCGCCGCCGCCACUGCAGCCGCCGCCGCCGCCGUCGCGGCCAUGGUACCACCCACAUUCACGUCCAUGGCGAUAGCAAUGAGCUGGAAGACGGCCAGGAGACGGGUGAGGGGGCCAGCGACGAGCUCCUUCAACAGUUGUUACGAACUGAGGCUGACAACGAUGACAACGAUGACGACGAUGAGGAUGAGGAAGAGGAUGAUGACGAAUGAAUAAGUCAACCCAUAUUUUAAGAAAGCCUUGAGAGAGAGAGAGAGAGAACACAGAGACAAAAUUUCAAGUGCACAUAUCAAUUCACAAUCUUAGUGGGGAAUGUUCAAAUUUACCAGUUUAGUACCUAAUUCAGAACAUGUACAUGUAGACUACUGCGGAUAUUUCCAUAUUACCUAACACCCAUUCAGUGGCGGAUCCAGACAUAUUUUCUGACAGUCUUCCAAAUUAUCUGUGCGCCAUCCCCCAUUUCUGA